AUGGGGGCGCUUCAACUGUCGCUCUGCGCGAAGGCGUUGCUGUUGCUCGGUGCCAGUAGAUUCAUAGGUGUUCUCGCAGGUCCGAGCAUCAACGUUGCCCUUCGAGCCUCGUUCAAUUCUGCUCCAUUUUUAGUCGAGCUCUUAGAAACCGCCGCCGAGGAGAACUCCACCGCAUACUACCCGCUCCUCGAUCGCAUAGCACAAGGUUACUUCCGGGAGUGCAACACGCCCCAAGAGCUAUACUAUGUAUUCACAGAUCUUUUGGAAGCAGACGGACACAUUACCGACCUCGAAACGCUGGCUUCGUUUCAAUUCGCACUAUCAGUCCGGUCCGCAGCUCCGCGCAUAGAAGCGCAUUAUCAAUUCUACAACACAUCUGUCGUACCUUCGUUACAAGGGGAUCAAGGCGAGGGCUGUGAGACAUGGGUAUCGUUUGGUGGGGAGCAGUACUGCAAUCCGGAUUUGAAGGAGAGCAAUGGCAGGAUAAAGAGCGAGCGCACUGAUGAAUUGCCCUUCGAUCGCAUUCUCGGCGACAGCAAAAAUGCAUUACCGUCCAUAGUCUACGCAGAUAUCACCUCACCUUCCUUCGCGUGGUUCCACGAGACCCUGAGCAAGACCGCGAAGGAGGGAAAGACAUCAUAUCGGGUCCGCCAUAAGCCGUCAACGAAAGGGCCAGGGACGCCACUCAUAGUUAACGGCUACGGUGUCGAGCUCCAGCUGAAGCGAACCGACUAUAUUGUCAUCGAUGACCGGCAGGCCGAAGAGGCUAAGAAUGACGCCAAAAAGGCGCAAAGCACCGAACUUACCGGCGACGAAGAAGUGGCAGAUCUCAAGCCCUUAUCCUCAUCAGAAGUGUCGAAUCUCGCCGUGAACGCUGCUAGUUUCGUGAUGAAGAGUGACCAGCCACUAGACACUCUCCUGCGUCUGGUGCAGGAUUUCCCGAAGCAUUCUUCUGCUAUCGCCGCACACAAUGCCUCAAAGGAGUUCCUCCAUGAACAUGAGGAAAAUAGGAAACAGCUGUUGCCAUCUGGCUUCAACGUGAUGUGGAUAAACGGUGUUCAGAUACCCAACCGCGAUAUUAAUCCAUUCACUUUGCUAGAGCAUCUCCGGCGAGAACGUAAAUUGAUCAAUGGUAUCCGAAGCCGAGGCCUUUCCGGACCAGACGCCAUAGCUCUUCUCUCACAUUCGGCGAUUACCGCGAAUCAAAUGCAGGAUGAACCCCAGCGCUAUGACUUUAGGGAUACAACCGAAGGUGGCAGAGUCAUCAUCUGGCUGAACGAUAUUGAAAAGGAUAAGAGAUACGAGGACUGGCCCACAGAAGUCACUGCCCUUCUUCAGCGUACUUUCCCUGGCCAACUGCCUUCCGUUCGCAGAGAUGUUCACAACGUCAUCAUCCCUGUCGACUUUAGCUCCAAAGAGGAUGUCAUCUCGAUCACACAGACUCUGCAAACCAUGGUCAAGCGCAGGGUCCCAAUCCGAUGGGGUCUCGUGCCGAAGACUACCAGCACGGGAGCAGCCGAGCAAGCCAAGGUUGUUUAUCAUCUGUUAGAGACUUACGGGCUUUCUGCCGUGAUGAGGUACCUGGAAGCGUCCAACGAAAACAAGAAAGUCUCCAUGCCCGACAAAAGCACCUUUGACGCAGCCGUCCAGGACGCUAAAUUGCGCAAUGAGCGGGAAGCGCUUUCUCUCGCUGACGCUCUCAAGGCUGAAGACGUAAACGAGCUAUUGGCGUCUGCUAAGCAGUAUCUGUCUCGUUUGGCCGCAGAUGGACCUGAUGCCCCGAUGUUCGUCAACGGCGCACCCGUUCCACAAGCCGACAACUGGAUGCAACUAAUGAGCGAACGGAUCACAAUGGACCUGCGGACAAUUCAGCAACGCGUCUUCGAGGGCGAUCUCUCGGAAGAAACGUGGGUUCCACAGCUCUUCUUGGCCUCCGCCGCUGUGAAGCGUAAUCCACUGCUCAUUCCGGAGAAUGAGAAGAAUAUCACUCUUGUGAACAUGGUUGAGUUCUAUGAGAGACACGAGCAGAUUGUUGAAAAGAUGCCGAUCAUCUUAGCAGACGCGACACCAUCUAAGGACAUGGUGCAUUUGAUCGUGGUGUGCGAUUUCGAUUCUACAUCCGGGCUCGAGUUGUUGAGAGCAAUAUCCCACUAUCGUAAAGAACAUAAAAACAUGGAGAUUGUUCUGAUCCAUAACCCGGAAGCCGGAGCCGAUCGAGUUAGUGCGUCUGAAGAUAUGCUGGAGGCUCGGAUAAAGUAUGGGCCAUUGACGUCCGAGCAGCUGGAGACCAUAGCAUCAGAAGAACCCAGAUUGUCCCCUACUCCGGGCAACUCGACGGCUUUCUGGAAGACAGCUCAGCCUAUUUACGAAGCACUUGGCCUCAACCCCGGACAGAGCGGCCUUCUCCUCAAUGGACGUUUUGUUGGUCCCAUCCCUGCUGAGCAGACAGUCUCCAAGGACGACAUUGAAACACUUGUUUCUUACGAGAUUUCGAAGCGAAUUCAGCCACUCAGCGCAGCGUUGGAGUCUCUACAGCUAACGGGGACGCUCACCUCGCCACUCGAUUUCGCCAAACUUCAAUCCCUCGUGUCGUUGUCAACGGUGUCCGACCUACCAGAAGGUAUCUUCGAAUCGGCUUCUACAAUGCGUAUGGAUCUCUUCAAUCAAUGGAACGACACCCAUACUGCAAUCACCAAGGGCGACAAGUCAAAGGCUAUCUUCCAGGUUGUGGCAUCCGUUGAUCCUGCUACAGAAUUGGCGCAGAAGUGGAUUCCCAUCCUCAAGGUCCUAUCCGAUAUGGACGGUGUCUACCUGAAGCUGUUUCUGAACCCUCACCAGAGGUUGGAGGAGUUGCCUGUGAAGCGGUUCUACAGAUACCUCCUGGAUUCAAGGCCUACUUUCAACGACAAUGGCGAUUUUGUGGACCUGGAAGCGCAUUUUACUGGUAUACCCAAGGAAGCAUUGCUUAACCUAGGCAUGGACGUGCCGCCAUCAUGGCUCGUAGCACCAGAGGAGUCCAUCCACGAUCUUGACAAUAUCAAGCUCAGUUCGCUGAGUCCUGGGGCUGACAUAGACGCUACUUACGGUCUCGAGAGCAUUCUUAUUGAAGGCCACUCUCGCGAUGUCACCCAAGGCGGAAUGCCACCGAGGGGCGCUGAGCUGGUUCUAUCCACUGAGAAGGACCCACACUUUGCAGACACCAUCAUCAUGGCAAAUCUCGGAUAUUUCCAGUUCAAAGCCAACCCUGGCUUCUUCAAGAUCCAGCUCAAGAGUGGCCGUAGCCAGGAGAUCUUCAACAUUGACAGUGCUGGAACUAAAGGCUGGGCGCCCGUCCCAGGUGAUGAGACAAAUGAGAUCGUACUGAUGAGCUUCCAAGGAGCCACUCUUUUCCCUCGUCUGUCACGCAAGCCCGGUAUGGAAACCGCCGACGUCCUGGUCACCGAUGAGAGCAUGGCCUCCGAGAUUGUCGAGAAAGGAACACAGAAAGUCAACAAGCUCCUUAAUAAAAUUGGCCUGAAAGGCAUCGACACACAAAAAGUCCUCCAAUCCGGUUCGAAACUGCUCUCAAAGACAGGUUUCACAGCCGAAAAGGCAAAAUCAACCGGCGUCCAAGCCGAUAUCAACAUCUUUUCUGUCGCCUCAGGCCACCUUUAUGAACGCAUGCUCAACAUCAUGAUGCUCUCCGUCAUGAAGCACACCAACCACACCGUCAAAUUCUGGUUCAUCGAGCAAUUCCUCUCUCCGAGCUUCAAAUCCUUCCUCCCGACCAUGGCGGCCGAAUACGGGUUCUCGUACGAACUCGUGACGUACAAGUGGCCGCACUGGCUGCGUGGCCAGAAGGAGAAGCAGCGCGAGAUCUGGGGCUACAAGAUCCUGUUCCUCGACGUGCUCUUCCCGCUCGACCUCGACAAAGUCAUCUUCGUGGAUGCGGACCAGAUCGUCAGGACGGACAUGUACGAGCUUGUCCAGAUGGACUUGCACGGCGCGCCGUACGGGUUCACACCCAUGUGCGAUUCCCGGACCGAAAUGGAGGGAUUCCGCUUCUGGAAACAGGGGUACUGGAAGUCUUUCCUUCGGGGCCUGCCAUACCACAUCUCUGCUCUGUACGUCGUGGACCUCAAGCGGUUCCGAGCUCUGGCCGCUGGCGACCGUCUACGCCAACAGUACCACUCGCUGUCGGCCGACCCGGCGAGUCUGAGCAACCUGGACCAGGAUCUGCCGAAUAAUAUGCAGUUCCAGCUCCCCAUCUACAGUCUGCCGCAGGAGUGGUUGUGGUGCGAGACGUGGUGUAGUGAUGAGAGUUUGAAGCAGGCCAAGACGAUUGAUUUGUGUAAUAAUCCGCAGACGAAGGAGCCCAAGUUGGAUAGGGCGAGGAGGCAGGUUCCGGAGUGGACGGAGUAUGAUGAGGAGAUUGCGGCGUUGGCGAGGAGGAAGAGGGGGGAGGCGGUGAAGGGAGCUGGGCAAGGGAAGGAAAAGAGGGAGGAGGGGAAGCGGGAUGGGGAGGGGGAGAUAUCGGAUUCGCAUGGGGAGCCGCAGGCUUGGGGUGGGGAGAGGGUUGGGAAGCGUCAUGAUGAGUUGUAG